AUGCAGUGGGAUGAUGAUGAUUGGGAAUGGGGGGAUGGUGGGUGGAACAACAAGUGGAGGCCAACUGGCAGUGGCACCACCUCCCAUGCCAGAAGGGCAAGGAUCCAGGCAGCUGCCCAAGAAAGGGACAGGCUAGCUGCCCUGGGGGACAGUGCUGCUUUGGCUGACAAAGCCAAGGAGGAAGCACAGAAAGCUGCUUCUAUGAAGAAGCAGGCUGAAGAGGCUGCUGAGCAGGCAGCAAGGACAGCUGCCCAGGCAGCUGAAGCAGCUGCAGCUGCCAGCCAAGCAGCUGGAUGGGUGGAAGUUGGGCCAUCCAGGAAAAAGCCCAGGAAAGGGCCUCCUUGCCAAAAGGAGAAACCAAACAAAAGGGAACCUCCUUGCCAAAAGGAGCAGCCAAAGAAAAAGGAAACUCCUUGCCAAAAGGAGCAGCAAAAGAAAAAGGAAACUCCUUGCCCAAAGGAGCAGCCAAAGAAAAAGGAAACUCCUUGCCAAAAGGGGCAGGCAAACAAGAAGGAAACUCCUUGCCAAAAGGAGCAAGAAAAGAAAGAUGCUCCUGGCCAAAAGGAGCAGAAGGAAAGUGUCCCUCCUGAAGGUUCCAAAGAUGGGGUGUCAAAGAAACUUGGCCCUUCAGAGAAGGAACAAGCAAAGGAAAAGGUCCUGGUGCAUAACAACCUGUAUGACCUCACAGCCACCCCAUGGCUGCAGAAGCUCAAGGAUGCAGGGUAUGAAGUGCACCUGUUGAGCUACUGUGGCUGGAAGAGAAGCCAUGAGGUGUAUGACUGGGCCUGGUUUGAAUGGAAUGGCUGGGCCUCUGUCAGCUUCACCUGGAAGCAAUGUGGCAAGGAAGGGAAAGCCCAGUGGUGCCUGGACAAUGGGGUAAGCAAGCUGGUGGAUGACAAUGCUGACAUUUGUUCUGAAGCCAUUCAGUUUGGCAUCCAGGCUUACCCCAUUGUGCCUGCUGGUCAGAGAAGGAAAAAGGGGCAGCCUAAGCUCCAAAGCUGCUUCUCUGACUUUGCAGCUGCAGCCAUUGACAUCCUCAAGGCCCAAGAGGCUGUGGCACUGCAAUGGGAAACCUUGGCAAAAGGUUCAUGGAUGCUGGCAGGUUCUAGCAAGGACACACCCUUGACAAAAGGAAAGCAGAAAAAUGCUUUGAACAAAAAAGCAUUGGAUGACCUGGGGGAGCUAAGCCUGAAAGAAAGAAUCAAGAAAGCCACAGAAGGAGCUGAGACUGCAGAAGAGGCAGUGCUAGCAUUGAAAAAACAAUUGACCCCCAAGGAGCAGCAAAGUGCAUGGUCCAAAAUGAAAACCAAAAUGAAAAAUGACCCAGCAGAAGCAAAGAAGGUGGAAAACAUGUCCAAGAAGGAAAUUGGCAUCUAUGCCACCAUGUGCCUCUUGAAGGCUGAGGCUCCCAAGUUCAUGGCCUUAAAGCAGGAGUUGAACUCAGGUGUCUCCUUGACAAAAGGAGAAACAUGGGAGUCAGAACUUCAGAUGCUGCAGAAAUUUUCCAGAGAAGAGCUGGAGCUUCACUUGGCCUCUGGUCGAGUGAAGUGGAGAGCAGACCCAUGGACAGGGGGAUGCUACCAAUACCAAGACCAGGGGGACAUCAAGAAAACAAGUACUGUCACCCAUAGCAAUGCAUAUGCUUGGGGGCAGGAAUAUGAAGCUGAGAAUGAAGAAGCUUGGGACAGCCACUUCACCAAGGACCUCAGCAGCCACCUUCUGGAACUGGAAGGCAAAGGGAAGGGCAAAGCCUUGACAAAAGGAAAGCCAGCCUCAAAGGGAAGGGGCAAAGGCAAAGCCAGAGGACAGCCUCAACUGGCUUUGGAAGAUGGUGACCCCAAUGAGGAUGAUGACAAUGAUGAUAAGACAGAGGACCAGGAGUGGUCCACAUGCUUGACAAAAGCAAGGAAAGCCAGGGACCUCUUGGUGAGCAGCCAGGCCAAUCUGCAGGAGGAUAUGGCAAAAGCUGCCAGCUGCCAAAGGCUGAGCAAGGGCACCAAGAAGGAUGCAGACACACUGCUCAGCAAAGCCCAAGCAAUGGAGAAGAAGUGCAAAGACCUCUUGCUCAAGGGGAAGAAAGCUCUUAGCUUGACAAAAGCUAAAGGUCUGAUCCAGGAUGCCACCACACUGAGCAAGGAGCUGAAGGAUCAGAAGAAGGAGAUCUCAGUUGUGGCAAACAAAGCCUACUCCAAGGCAGGAACAGCCAAGUGA